AGAAAAAAUCUCCUGUGCGUGUAUCGUCCGACCUAGCCAGCUUUAGCCCAAGCACGCAGACACAGCACACGACAUGAGCAGGAUUUGAAGCGGCAAAUAGGGGAAAAAGAGGAAGGACAGAGGAAGGCACUCAGAUACGAGAAAAUUUCAGAGGGGGAAGAGAGAGAGCGGUGCGGGAUUGUUCAAACAAAUAGCGAUUUUACCCCCUCCCUCAUGUUCCGGUUGUUGUGUCUGAGUUUUAUGAGACUUGGGAUAUAGUUUUUUUUAUUACAAGAGCAAACGGUUUAAAAACAACAUUUUAUUGUGAAUGCGAAAAAAAAUGAGCUCUUAUUUUGUUAACCCUCUUUUCUCUAAAUACAAAACCAGCGAAACAUUGGAACCAUCUUACUACGACUGUCGGUUCCCUCAGAGCGUCACCCGGAGCCAUGCGCUGGUGUACGGACACGGAGGAGCAGCGCCUGGAUUUCAACAUCCGUCCCAUCACGUCCAAGACUUUUUCCAUCACGGCACUUCAGGAAUCUCUAACCCGGGGUUCCAGCAAAACCCGUGCGCUUUGGCUUGCCACGGAGAUGCCACUAAAUUUUAUGGAUACGAAGCCCUUCCAAGACAAUCACUUUAUGGUACCCAGCAAGAGGCAAGCAUAGCGCAAUAUCCAGACUGUAAAUCGUCAAAUGGCACGAACCCUGGAGAAGGACAAGGGCACUUAAAUCAAACCCCGUCCCCAAGUCUCAUGUUUCCUUGGAUGAGACCUCACGCUCCGGGACGGCGCAGUGGACGACAGACUUACAGUCGUUAUCAAACACUGGAAUUGGAGAAGGAGUUUCUGUUCAAUCCCUACCUUACACGUAAGAGACGCAUUGAAGUGUCUCAUGCACUUGGCCUGUCGGAGCGGCAGGUGAAGAUCUGGUUCCAGAACCGUCGUAUGAAGUGGAAAAAGGAAAAUAACAAAGACAAAUUCCCGGGACAGAGAGGGGAGGCCGAGACCGACGCCGACGAGGAAUGUAACGAGGAUGGCGAGGGGGGAGAAGAUGAAAAAAAGGAAACGGAAGAGAAAGAUGAGACUAAAAAGUGAUUUUAUUGCCUUUCUUUAUGGUUAUAUGGCAUGAAGGCCAUACAGAGAGUGUGUGGGAGAGAGAGAGAGCCAGAGAGCGCAUAAACUUUAUUGCCACAGUUUAAUUGAGUCAACAAGUGAGAAAAAUCCCAGAGUCGUAACUGUCAAACCAUUUCCCUUCGCCACGCGCUCCCAUGAUAGAACGAAAAAUCGUCUGAAGUCCAUUUAUCUUGAUCUGCAAGAAACAUCCACUAUUUGAGAAAUAAUAACAGUUGUUUACGAAAUGUUGCUGCUUUGCAACUCCAGUCUAGUUCCCAAUCGGGACGAUGUGAAUUGGUUUAUGUAAUUUUGAAUCAAAGGGAGAGCCACAAAACACAAUAUCGGUUUAAUUACCGUCUCAGUGCAAAUAGAGCCAUUGCUAUUAUAAAAAACGAAAAUAUAAAAUUAAUUACUUUAUGAAACGUCACAAUAAUGACGAAAUUACAGCAUUCACUGUCCCUUUUAAUUUUAAAGAUCCUGGUCCAAUUCAAAAUAUGCAGGCCUGGAGAUUCUAUUCACUGCUGCAUUUUGCAGAUGCUACGGGACGUAAUAAGUGGAGUGUUGGAGUUUAGAGCACUUUUUCCUCUAAAUUUAACCAUACAUAUUCAAAACAACUAUUCAGCAGCUCGGACAUGCACGUGGUUUUAGCCAUGUCACAUUUACAGAAUUACUGUUGACUAUCAUUUGAAAGUUAAGACAGUUUUACAUCGCCGAUGCUUUUAAUUCCAUUGUUGGAUUUCAGCAGACUGCGUCGAUUUAUGACCCCUGCGUAUGAAUUUAAUGCUCUAGCCAUGGAAACAUACUUUCCACAAUGAAAGUUGUACUGUUGAAGUGACUGUAAAUUAACUUUCUGUGUUUUAUUAAAAUAUGCUGUGUAACUUAUAAAAUGUAAUACUACCUAUGAUUAGUUUUUAUUUGUAUUUCUGUUUUGUUUUAUUUUAAAUGUUUUGUAGCCCUAGAGCUUUGCGUUAGCUUGGACACUGCUAUGCAGCUGAAUUCAUAUAAUAUAUAUAAAAUUUCUCCCAACAACUUAAACUGCCUACACAAUGUUAAAAUGCACAUUUUGUUUUUUUAUUACUCUUAACUAGAAUUUCAAUUGUUAUUAUUAUAUUGUAUUGAUGUUAUAGAGUAGGUUUUUAUUGCACUGAAUAUAAUCUCCAUGUAUGUCUAUUCGUAUCUUGCUGUUAGCAAUAUGCUCGUUUUCUUAUGUUUUAAUGAAAGAUUUCUGAAUGUUCUGAGUGACAAAAAUGAAAUAAAUAAAACACGAAUCAUCAGAUGAA